UUGCCAUGGAAACAGGGCCCAGUGCAAGUCCUAGCAACGGAAAGGAGUCCUCUGAAAUUUGUCCCCAGGGAUUACUGGUGUUCACAGGUUCUUCCGAAGAGGACACCAACUUGGCCAAGCAGUUCUGGAUCCGGGCGUCCAUGUACCCUCCUAACGAAACCCAGUUGGUGCUGUCCAGAGGUAGCACUCAGCGCCUGCCGGUGGCACGGUCCUCUAAGAGCAGUGUACCUGUGAAACGUUAUUUGCAGUCUUUUUUCCUUGAGAAAAACAAGGGCACAGAUGUCCUUGCUGAAACCCUAAAGAUUCAGGAAUCUGAAGAGAAAGAAAAGUAUCUCCAAAAGGCUACAAGGAGAGAUGAGAUUCUUCAACUCUUAAGAAAACAAAGAGAAGAAAGGAUCUCGAAAGAACUGGUUUCCCUUCCUUAUAAACCUAAGGCCAAAGUACACAAAGCAAAAGUUCUGUGUCUUGGAACUGAUUCGUGUUACUGCCAACAGGAAAGUGAUUCCAGAGUCAGAUAAAGAAGACCAAGAAGAAGUCAAAGGCUUGGAUUAAUUUGAUUGACACAUGGUAGAGGAUGGUUCACUUAGACCUUCACUUUUGAAACAACCUGCUCUCAUAGCAGGAUUAUUGGAACCACUUAGUUAAAAUAGACAAAGAAAUAAAAGUGAAAUAUGCAACACUUCUAGGAAUUUUACCCGUUAUUGGAUACUUGUGUCUAUUUUACUUAUUGGGUACUACUG